GUUUCACUAUGUAGCCCAAGCUUGAGUCUAUGAUCCACCUGCCUUAGCCUUUUAGUAGCUUGGAUUAUUCUACAACACCUGACUAUUAAUAUUUCUAAGCUGAAAAAUCAAAAUUACUGCUUUUGAAACAAAGAUGGUUAAGGAAAGGUGUCAGAAAAGGUCCUUUCAAGAUACUCUUGAAGACAUUAAGAAGCGAAUGAAAGAAAAAAGGAAUAAAAACCUGGCGGAGGUUGGCAAACGCAAAUCCUUUAUUGUUGCACCGUGCCAAGUACCCACUAACACUUCUACACUACUAAAAUAUUACCAAGAUAACAACAGGUUGCUAGUUUUGGCUUUGGAAAAUGAGAAAUCCAAAGUGAGAGAAGCACAGGAUAUCAUCCUACAGCUGAGAAGAGAAUGCUACUACCUCACCUGCCAGCUGUGUACACUGAAAGAGAAGCUAACCUCCCGACAACGUGAAGAAGGUGCCCAGCAGAACUGGAAAGAACAUCCCUCAGAAGUGGUCUCCAGCAGUGAAAAUAUGACCAGGGACUUUGACAAUUCGACCAGGGACUUGUCUGUGAAGACCUUACAGCAAACUGCUCUUGAAGAAACUGACUGUCCCUUCCAAGCCACGGAAGCAAGUCCUACUGCUACACCAGAGACACUGGGUUGUGAUUUUGAUUCGGAUAAAGUCAACUCUACUGAUGAAGUCUUACCUAGAACUGUAUCUUCCCGUCAGCACUUAAGGAGAGACUUCAGUAAUGUAAGUAAAGCCAGUUCAAGAGAGGAGCCGUCCUUGGAGGUUAAAAGAAGUAGAUGUAAAGACCUAACUGUAACCCUGCAUAGGCUUGACAAUGUAGAACAAAAUGUUUAUCUGUGGAACAAAGAGCAAAUUAACUUAUGCCCUCGACUGAUUAGCCCAGCAAAGAUUACUAAACCACAAGAAGCCAUUUCAUCAUCUAAACCUGAACAAAAAGAGAUCAAGCAUAAACGAGCGCAAAAAAGAAGAGCAGAGCAAAGAAGAACCAACCAGAGAUGCAAGUCAAACUUCUCAUUGAGGAGUAAGGGCAGCAAAGGCAAAGAAAAGCGGACUUUACCCCCGAAUUCGCUGGAUGGGUGUGUUGGUUCCAGUGAUGCUUACGAUUUUAAUCUAAAAGAACGUGUUCACCACACCCCUUUCCGACAAAAAAUGAAGGAUGGCUCCAAUAGAGAAACCGACAGCAUCAACUCAGAAGUGAGUGCAUGCAGUACCUCUGAGGGCGAGUCUGACUACGACGACCCCUAUCUGCCUCCUUACAAGCGCUUGCAAGACUACACGGGGUCAGAGGAACCAGUUACCAGGCCUCGCUCUAAAAGAGGCUCUACCUACCCAGACGAGAAAGCGGUGGAGGAGGUGCUGCCACCCACAGCUCCCACUGGUACCCCACCUGAGACUCAAGAGUCACCUCACCGAGGCCUAAAGGAUGUCACCAAUAGCUUGCGGCGUCCUAUAGUGAAAAGCAGGAAGCUUUCUCUGGCUCCAAAACGGCAUGAAGACAGCCCAGCAGUGUCUCUGCGCAGGAGUACCACCAUCAUAAGCUAUAAAGAGCCGACACUCAAUUCGAAGCUAAGAAGAGGGGACCCUUUUACAGACUUGUGUUUCUUGAAUUCUCCUAUUUUCAAGAAGAAAAAGGAAAUGAGACAUCGUAAAAGAACAAAGUAAACACAAUAA